AUGUUUAUAUGGGCUUCAGUUCUGAAAAAACACUUGAAAGUUAAUUCAAAGGAGAAGCCACCUUCAUGUAAUUUAUGUGGUAACAGUUUUGUGCGUCUACAGAAUUUGAAACACGAGAGGAUUCACUCUGGAGAAAAACCUUAUAAGUGUUCACACUGUGGCAAGAAAUUCAGUCGGUCAACACAUCUGAAAACACAUGAGAGGUUCCACACUGGAGAGGAACCUUAUAAGUGUUCACACUGUGACAAUAGAUUCAGUGUGUCAGCAAAUCUGAAAAGACACGAGAGGAUCCACACUGGAGAGAAACCUUAUAAGUGUUCACACUGUGACAAUAGAUUCAGUGUGUCAGCAAAUCUGAAAAGACACGAGAGGAUCCACACUGGAGAGAAACCUUAUAAGUGUUCACACUGUGACAAUAGAUUCAGUGUGUCAGCAAAUCUGAAAAGACACGAGAGGAUCCACACUGGAGAGAAACCUUAUAAGUGUUCACAAUGUGAUAAGAGAUUCAGUCAGUCAGGAGACCUGAAAAGACAUGAGAGGAUCCACACUGGAGAGAAUUAUAAGUGUUCACAAUGUGGCAAGAAAUUCAGUCUGUCAACACAUCUGAAAACACAUGAGAGGAUCCACACUGGAGAGAAACCUUAUAAGUGUGCACACUGCAAUAAAAGAUUCAGUGAACCAGGAGACCAAAAAAGACAUGAGAGGAUCCACACUGGAGAGAAACCUUAUAAGUGUUCACACUGUGACAAGAGAUUCAGUCGGUCAGGAGACCUGAAAACACAUGAGAUGAUCCACACUGGAGAGAAACCUUACAAGUGUUCACACUGUGACAAGAGAUUCAGUGAUUCAGCAACUCUGAAAACACACGAGAGGAUCCACACUGGA